GGCGCCGCGCAUGGGGACGCGGCCCGCCGCGCGCCGCUGAGCUCCGCGGCCUGGUCACCCUGCCUCGGGGCCCGGCCGUCCCGCUUCAGGAAGCGCCGUCCCGCGCCAUGGCGCACUCCCCGGUGCAGCCGGGCCUGCCGGGCAUGCAGAACCUGAAAGCAGACCCAGAGGAGCUUUUUACAAAACUAGAGAAGAUUGGAAAGGGCUCUUUUGGUGAGGUGUUCAAAGGCAUUGACAAUCGGACUCAGAAAGUGGUUGCCAUAAAAAUCAUUGAUCUGGAAGAAGCUGAAGAUGAGAUAGAGGACAUUCAACAAGAAAUCACAGUGCUGAGUCAGUGUGACAGUCCAUACGUAACCAAAUAUUAUGGAUCCUAUCUGAAGGAUACGAAAUUGUGGAUAAUAAUGGAGUAUCUUGGUGGCGGCUCCGCACUGGAUCUAUUAGAACCUGGUCCUUUAGAUGAAACUCAAAUCGCUACCAUAUUAAGGGAAAUACUGAAAGGACUUGAUUAUCUGCAUUCAGAGAAGAAGAUCCAUAGAGAUAUUAAAGCGGCCAAUGUUCUGCUGUCUGAACACGGAGAGGUGAAGCUGGCCGACUUUGGAGUGGCCGGCCAGCUGACGGACACCCAGAUAAAGAGGAACACCUUCGUGGGCACCCCGUUCUGGAUGGCGCCCGAGGUCAUCAAACAGUCGGCCUACGACUCGAAGGCAGACAUCUGGUCCCUGGGCAUCACAGCUAUAGAACUGGCAAGAGGGGAGCCACCCCAUUCCGAGCUGCAUCCCAUGAAGGUUCUGUUCCUCAUUCCAAAGAACAACCCCCCGACACUGGAAGGAAGCUACAGCAAGCCCCUCAAGGAGUUCGUGGAGGCCUGUUUGAACAAGGAGCCGAGCUUUAGACCCACGGCGAAGGAGUUGCUGAAGCACAAGUUUAUAAUUCGCAAUGCAAAGAAGACGUCUUACCUGACUGAGCUCAUCGACAGGUACAAGAGGUGGAAGGCCGAGCAGAGCCACGAGGACUCCAGCUCCGAUGACUCGGACGCGGAAACAGACGGCCAGGCGUCCGGAGGCAACGACUCUGGGGACUGGAUCUUCACAAUCCGGGAGAAGGACCCCAAGAAUCUGGAGAACGGAGCUCUUCAGCCCUCAGAGUUGGAAAGAAGUAAGAUGAAAGACAUCCCAAAGAGGCCUUUCUCUCAGUGUUUAUCCACAAUUAUUUCUCCUCUGUUUGCUGAGCUGAAGGAGAAGAGCCAGGCGUCGGGGGGGAACCUGGGGUCCAUAGAAGAACUUCGCGGCGCCAUCUACCUGGCGGAAGAGGCCUGCCCCGGCAUCUCCGACACCAUGGUGGCCCAGCUCGUGCAGCGGCUGCAGAGAUAUUCUCUAAGUGGUGGAGGAAUGUCAUCCCACUGAAAUUCCUUUGGCAUUCGGGUCUUGUUUUUCCUGUUUUCUUCUUCAUCCUCCUUCUUCUUAAGAGUCAACGAGAGCCUUUGCCGACUGCCAAACAGGCGCCAGCAAGGGAACGGCGUGACAGGGGACACAACUGCACCACGUCCUCACACACUGGAGCCACACGAAGUCUCUCACAUGGGGCGGGGAGGGUCAGCUCUUUCAAGUGUUUGUUUUAUUUUUUUAUUGUUUUUUAAAUUUUAACCAUAGUGCACAUAUUCGAGGAAAGUAUCUUUAAAAACAAAAACCAACCCUGAAAUGUAUAUUUGCGAUUCUGAUCAGGCAACUUAAGACAUGAAACCUCAGGUAUCCUGCUUUACGUGGCUCGCUCCCCCGGGGGACGGAGACGUGCCCUGGCGGAUGGGUGUACAGAGUUGUAUAUAGUGUCGUUUUCGCAGAACCCUCUGGCGUGCAUGCAUAAGGAUCACUGUGCACACGCUGGCCAAGUGCUUCUGUAGAUAAUGUCCGUGGAGUAAAUAUUCAACAGGCCAUAACUUGAGUCUAUUGCCUUGCCUUUAUUACAUGUAAAUUUUGAAUUCUGUGACCAGUGAUUUGGGUUUUAUUUUGUAUUUGCAGGGUUUGCCAUUAAUAAUAAUUAAUGCCCCUCUUACAGAACACUCCUCUUUGCACCUCGACAAAUGCAAAUUCUUCUCAUUUGCCCUAUACUCUUUUGGUACACGUAGAAGUUGAUUUCCUUUUUCAUUGAUGGUACUAUUUCUUAGUGUUUAAAUUGGAUCAUCUGUUGCCUCAUGAAGCUUUAAAUUAUUAUUUUAAGUUUCUCCCAGAUGAAGUGCUCUUGUCUCACUUUUUUUUGGAUUCAUGCCACUGCCCAUCUGUGCCUGAUGUCUUGUCCUGUCCAACACAAUUUUCUGUUGCACCUUGUAGUGGAAUCUGCAUAUCAUCUUGCCCACCUAGCAGUGUCUGGAUGCUUACACGAAUAAAUUUUAUAACACUUGUUUUGCAUACUCUUCUUGACACAUGACUCUGUAGUGGACAGAUCUGCUGUUAGUGUGGUUGUGUGUGUGUGUCUCUGGUGUGAGGCAUCUCAGAAAACUACAGGGAAGCCGCAGAUGUUAGAAGGCUGAAUGUCCUGGUCAGCAACCUAUGCAACUUGUGUGAUUGGUCACUGAGAAACUGUGAUUGGAUAGCGCCCAUUUGUAAAAUUGCUGUACCUCUUGCUGGAACCUUAACAGGUGGUUUUAGUUCACUUACAGGGGGCCUAGGUCUUGUUAGUGCAGUCAGCCAGGGUAUCUGUUUUCCUUCGCUUGCUGCAGGGCAUUGCUUGGCAGGGCGGGAAAUCUGUGGGUUUCUGGGAUGGGAAAGGGUUCUUAUAGCAAUUCUUGACUGUCUUAUUUGGGUAUUUGUAGCAUUUUAUAUUUUUUGAUGUUCAUCGCUGUCGGUGCUUGUUGGAGUGCUGGUUCUUAAGGAGGAAGACAAAGAUUUUGGGAAGCAAGGAAGUUACUGAACUUUGGGAAGUCAGCUCGGCCAUCUGCUGGUGCGCCGGGCCCAUAGGGGACAGGGACGGGCAGGGCUGGAGGGCAGGCCCGGCCAGAGGGGUUGGUAGGGGGAGGGACUGGCUAUUGAUUGGUUAAGAAAGUCGAUGGUUUUUAGACUAUUGAAUGAUGGUAUUUUAUCAGAAGUGGAUUUGGGUUGGAUAUUAAUUUCUAUAAGAGAUACCUCUUAGUUAACAGAAAUAGAACUGAAUAACUGUCUGAACUUUCUACAGCAAGAAUGUUACCUUGAACAAUACAAUUUGAGAAUAUUUCAUUUCUUGUUUCUAGAGUAUUCUGUAUCAGAGCAGUAUGCAUCUUCCUGAAUGAGGCAUAAGCCAAAGGCCAUUUGGUCCGUUGCAGGACAAAGACUCACUUAGGCCACCGUACUCUCCGGAGUGUGCUGCUCUUGGAUUUAGGAGCAGGAGUGCAGGCAGCAGCUUUUCCGACUGACAGAGCUUUUCACAUUUACAAGUGGACAGCGAUGUGACUCUGGAUAUUUAGGCCAGUUUUUCUUUUUCUUUUUAGUGCUAGGGAUGGAACUUGGGCUCCAUAUAUGCCAGGCAAGCACUAAGCUCUCCCUAGCCCUUUAAGCCAACUUUACAUACUAGUAACUGUGGUUAGUGCUAGGUAGACUAGAUCCUAACUGAGCACAUGGUGAGUGGUCAGUGCCUUCUGUACAGUCCCGAGGCCAUGGUAAUAUAUAGCUCCACCCCCUCAGUAAAAGCAACAAAUGAUAAAUUGGCAUAUGGGUUGGGGCAGGUACCAGAGUGUCAGCUGAACCUGCUGGACAAUGCAAAGUGCCGUGGGCCUUCAGGGUGACCUGUGGGCCCUGGAUCUGAGGAUUUGGUGUCACUCCAAAGCCACUCAGUGCCAAGCCUGAGCUGGAAUGGCCCAUGCUUAUGCAGCUAGGUGGGAAAGUGACCACAGACUGCAACACUGCAGUGUGACCACUGUGGUGACCAUGUCUGUAUGGCUCAUGCCUUUGAAGUUGCCUUCCUGUGUCCCAGCUGGCAGGACCGUGAGGUGGAUCGGUGGGGUGGGUUGGGAUGCUGCUUGGCCACCUCAUGGCCAGGCUUAGUCUCAAUGGAACCAAGUGCCACUGCCUUCGAAACCAUGCGUCUUGUUCCCCAGAUGCUCUUGUCAAGUGUGUAGUUUGGUUCUCCGUGAAGUAUUUUGUAUCUUUCCUUUGGCAAAACGUGAUUGAUUUAUAAGCAUUUUUAUAUUUCCUUCCUCAAAGAAAACAUGGCUUCUGUAUUUCUGCUGCUAGAUAUGGUGAUGAAGACAGAGGGCACUGAAGGGCUUGGUUUGGAGCACUUGUAAUCUGUCAUGCAAGGGUCAAUAAAGCUCUCAGAAAACGGUU